AUGAAUGGCUUCUACAAGAACAACAGGCCGGGUUUGCAACAGACUCGCUCGGCUUCCAACAACCAUAACCUGCUGGACGAGCUGCUAUACCGCUCAGAGGCUCCCGCCAACGCGCCAGCUAAUGUCCACACGGAAUUGGAAAUGCUCAAGCGCAAGAUCUCCAUACUAGAGAAUUCCGUGAAACUUUCAAAAACAAGCGAUUCGUCCCAAAUUUGGAGCGGCGGCGUCAACGACCUAUCGUACUUGGUCGGCUACCACCCAUACGCCUCCGAGACAGAGGAGUUCUCCUUCCACGACCGCUACGUGCCCUUCUUCAACCAUUGCGUUGGCCUGCCUCGUCAUUAUGGUCCGCUCAGCUGGAUUGCGUUGAUCAAAAUUGACAAUGCCAUUAACGGCAUGUUGGCGUACCAGCACAGAAACGUGCAGAUGAAGCGUCAAUUCUUAAAGGAACAGGAGCAAGGUGACAUGCAACCGUCUGACAAGCUUUUCAAGGAAAAGAUUUUCAGAAGUGACGCGUUCAAUGACAUGUCUCUUAAAGAUUCGCUACGCUCCACUCCGGAGGACAGGCUGCGCAUCAAGCUGAAGAUCAAUGACAGAGCAAAAGCCGUAGGGCUCACCUACUACGAGGGUGGCAUUGACUCUUCUUUGCAAUUGCUCGAUAAGAUCGAACUUAUUCUACCCACGAGGAAGGUGAUUUGGCUCUUACUUGAUAGAUUCUUUGACCGUGUGGCACUCUUCUUCCCGCCCAGAAGCUAUACACAUGAAAAAAUUGAAAAAGUCAAUGUCGAGAAAAAGACAGACUUUCCUCAGCUAGGUAUGCUUCUUAUUUUUCUCCGGUUUGCCUACUUGACUUUGUUCUCCAAUAUUGAAGCAGAGAAUGACGCCAAAUUCAACUCGAAUUGUCCAACACCAGAAGCUCAAAUCGAAAAGUACUUGAUGCAUAACCCUAUUGACAUUGAUAUUCUUGAAAUCGCCGAGUCCUGCUUGCAUCAAUUCAGCUUCUUGCGUUACUGUACCCUCCCCAUCUUGCAAUUGGCCUUGUACAUCAAGCUAUAUUACAUGUAUUCGCCCGAAAAUGGAGAGGUCCCGGAAGACUCUCAUUCACAAUCCUUCACAGCAUUGUUGAUCAACAUGGCCAUCAGUUUGGGUAUGCAUCGCGAUCCGGAUCAUUUUGACCAGAUCGUGAGAGACGAACGUACUAAUAAUCUCUGCCGCAAGAUUUGGAACUACUUAAUUAUUUUUGAUUUGAACGGCGCUAUUGCCAAUGGAACUCCGAUUUGCAUAUCCAAGGGUCUGUUUGACACUAAGCCACCAUACCACAAACCAGGCAACGAGAAUCUUAGGAAUAUGGAGUCCGAGUUGGCCGUCAUCGAGGCAUUUUCAAGACUAGAACUCGGCUAUGAGCCAUUGAUAAACAUUGUUCAGGCUAUCGUCAAUGUGCAACCAAUUCCGAUGUCGCAACUUACAAACAGGUUGAAUGACAUGGAAGUCGACUUUAUCAAGGAUUUGACGGAUGUCAGCUUGAAUUUGAAUCUGGAGUGUUCACUUGCUGAAAGAAGAGCCAAUGCAAUGAAAACCAAGAUAUAUUUCCAGGCAAAUUUCUUCUUUCUUGGAGUGAACUUCCAUUUUUUCAACUACUACGAGAGCAUGAACAAUUUUGAUUUAGCCUACUUCUAUUUGAAGAAGGUGAUGGUGGUAGCUGUCUACAACAUGAUGCCGUUUUAUGAAGACUAUGUCGAAAAAAGCAGUUCCUAUUUCGAGGGCACAACUGAUCUCGCGAUCACCCCGGGUUUCCAGUCGCUUGUACACAAGUGCUUAAUCGUCAUUCUGUCAAUUAUGGCCAGAGCAAGAUUCUCUGUACUUUUCUUCGAAACGCUUCCUACCCACAAUAGCAGUUUAAUGACUGAUCCUGAUUAUAAGCUUCGAUAUGAACUCAUUCAAAAAACCUACAACUUGGCCUUUAAAUGCUUGCGAGUCAUCACUGAUACAUUGACAAAAUUGAGUAGUAGAUACUACUACAGUUGGAGAUGCGUCAAGGCUCAGAAGGCCUUAAGACAGACUUUCAAUGGCACCGAUUUUUACCUCAAUUGGUGUAAGGGUAAGGAGUGUUAUACCAAGUUUUCAAACGAUAUGCUUGAAGAUCUAAAUAAGAUCUUGCAAGGAUCUUUGGAUCGCGUGAAUAAUCCUAAGGACCAAGAUAUGGAGCCAACAAUCGAGCAGCUGAAUCCUCCAGUUAUGAGUGGAUCGACUGUCAAUUCAGACUACAGCGCUCAGACAGCACCUGAUGCGAUUCCGUCAUCUAACGGUUUUGUAACCAGAAACCCUUCGGUUGGACCUGACGAUUGCAUGAACAUGCCGUAUCAAUCGCAAGAUAUUGACAAUCUUUGGUUGCAGAUGAUGACCGAAAAACCUCAAAGAAGCAGCCGCAAUGUCUAUGGUCGUACACCGCCAUCAAUGGAUAUUGACUAUGGUUUGGGUACGUUUGAUCACCUUAUAUUCGAGAACUGGGACACCACAGUUGAUCCAAUCGAAAUUAAUGGUGAUAAUGCACCCGAAAGCAUGAACUUUCUUGACUCGCAAAAUCUUGAAGAGAUCAUCAGGCUGGUUCCGUGA